AUGGCCGACCUCAGCCAGGAGUGGAAAGUGGUGAAGAUCCAACGGGUCCUCAUCAACCCCGCCGGCGAGCCGAGGAAAGCGGGUCUCUCCCGCAGCGCCAGCCUCUCCGAGAAGGAGCUGAAGGAGCCGGAGCCCAGCCAAGCCAGCACCGCGGGAGAGAAGCUGCGGGCGAACGCUUCCCCAUGCCUGGAGUCACCUGCUGAAGCCCAGCAGGUCCCACUGAGCAUCUACCUGAAGGAGAACAUGGCAUCAGCCACCACCAACGGUGUGCAGGAGCAGGUUGCCGGUGGGAUGGAGAGUGGGCCGGGAGAGCUAGGGGAUGCGGGAACCCCUGCGGGGCCGAGCACGGUGGCUCUGGCUGUGCCUCAGAGUCCCGAGGAGGGGAAGAACGGCGAGGUGCCCAGUGAGGUGCCCAGCGCACCGAAGAUGCUGUCAGGUCCCCCCCUGGGCUGUGGGGUGAGCGGACCGAACCCCCUGCCCAAAACGGGGAUCCUGGAGGAGUCAGCUGCCCGGAGAGCCAGCAAAAAGUCCAUGUUCACCUUUGUCGAGAAGCCGAAGCUGGGUCCCAACCCUGAUCUGCUGGACCUGGUCCAGAGCGCGGACAGCAGGAAGAAGCAGAAGGAGCAGGGGGAACCCGGUGCCGAGGAUGAGCCCUUUGCCCUCGGGGCUGGGGCUGCCAACUUCGUCCCCAACAGCACGGCCAGGGGUGGGCAGCACCUCCCACCGGCCGACGAUGCUCCAGCAUGGUCCUCCUGCCUCAAGUCCCCCACCAUCCAGCCCAAGCCAAAGCCACAGCCAAGCCACAACCUCAGCGAAGCGCGAGGGAAGGGGGCCGAGCUCUUCGCCCGACGGCAGUCCAGGAUGGAGAAGUUCAUCAUCGAGGCUCCCUCCCAGCCCGAGCUGCUGCGGUCCCCAUCGCCCACCAUGUCCCUGCCUCCCUCCUGGAAGUACGAUGCCAAUGCUUGCCUGUCACCCAGGGUCUCCAGACACCCCUCCAGGAGUCCCUCCAGGCCCUCCAAAACCCCCCCAGCAUCUCUGUACGGUGGCAACCUGGUGGAGAACGAAGUCUCCCAGAAGGAGCUGGAGAUCUCCAAGCACCAGCCCUACCAGCUCCAGUCUUCGCUCUUCAUCCUCUCCCCAUCCAAGGGGCCAGCGAGGUCCAUGCCCCAGGAGACGCCUCCACCCAGACCCUCUCUUCCUGACGCCUACCCCUACCCCCAGCAAACCUCCUGCCCAACCUCUCCAUUGCCUCCUUCCCCAGUUUGGCAUCCCACCGUGCCCAGCACCGGCCAGACCACCUCCAGCCCCUUCCCCGGAUCUGUCCUCGUUUUCUUCCGUGCCUCGGAGGAGAGCCGCAUCCCUGGAGGAAUGGCAGAGCCUCACGGUGCCGGGGACGCUGUGGGGUCCCUGUCCCUCCCCACGCUUGGUGCUGGAGCUGGGGAUGGCAGUGCUGCGUGGCACGGCCGGGAGCGAGGGAUGCACCCGCUGGAGGAUGGCAGGCGAGGGCCGGGCCAGCGGAGGGAUGCUCAGCCUGAAGCCCGUGGACCAGCCGGGCCUACGCCCGUCCCUCGGCCGCUCUCCCCGUGCGCGGGGGCAGCUGUGGGGCGAUGGCCCCCCGGGGCAGCGCAGGGGGGUCUCUGUGGCAUCACCCCAGGGGGAGGCUUUAGGAAGCUGCAAGAAAGGCGGCCGCCCCUCCCCGCCUCACCUACCUGGACGCCCCGGCUGGUGCGGCACCCAGGCAGCCUGGAUGGCUGGGCCAGCCCGGCCUCGGUGCCCGAGCUGGACGAGGGACCCCCCAUGUCCCCUCCGUGGAGCGAGAGGUCCCUGUCCCCGCUGCGGCAGGACGCCGACCCCCCCAGGAGUCCCCUGCCAUCCCCCGUGGUGGGUGGUCGGUCCCCGGCCAAGCGUUGCACCUCCCGGUCCCCGACGGACUCGGACGUCUCCCUCGACUCCGAAGACUCGGGGGCCAAGAGCCCGGGCAUCCACAGCUUCAACCUCUGCCCCCGGGGCUGGACCGGCAGCCUGCGCCUAAAGCCAGGGGGGCUGCCCUCGGGGGCCCCCUGCCCCUCCUAG